AUGGCAGAAUAUAAGGCCUUUGAGUUAGAUAUUCAUAUGGCUGUUAUAACAGCCAUGAAAGAAGAUCCUCAUUCUAUUGCUAUUCAAAAGGCCAUCCCUGCUGUAAACGACCGGCUUCGUUACUUAUUUACAAGCCCUUUGCUCAUUAGAGGACUUAAUGCCACUAUCAAUGACUUUAUUGGUAGUACCUUUACCUGUCAAUUCGUGCCUAGAGGCCAGAUUGUUCCACCCCCUAUUACAGGAGCAGCCUUUGGCCCUACAGCGCCUAUUCAACUUCCUGUGAUGGUGCUUGAGAAAACUUCACAGGCACUGCAAUAUCGUAUGUUGAGGAACACUACAACAAUCCCAGAACUGUGGAAAGAGUGGACUGUCGGGCUCAAUGGCUAG